AUGGAGUGCUUUCUUCAUGAUCAGGCCAGCAAACUUGAUAUGCCUCAGCAGUCCUCCCUGGCAUGGACUCACACAGACCUGGACCUGGCAUUGCACCUUCCUCAGCUGAGGAGCCUAGUUCCUACAGGUUGGCAGGGAUACGUUGAAAUUUUAUGCUUGGGGUUAGGUUGUUACCGGGGAGCCAUCCUAUCUGUAAGCGAUGGGCUAACUUUCCACCGUAAAGGCUGUCAAGACUGGCAGGGGAAAAUAGGUGAAUUGCUUGCAGAGCCGUACGAGCGUUACUUCUGGGCAGGCUCAGAUUAUUCCUCAGUGGGAUGGUUACCUGGCACUGAAUCCCUGUGGCAGUCCACAACCAUUUCAUCAAGCAGUCAAAGCAAUCCUGUCAGAAGACACAGUAUAGCUUCCGACAGUGGGGACACUGGGAUUGGUACCUCCUGUUCUGAUAGUGUGGAAGAUCAUUCAACUUCAAGUGGUACAUCCUCGUUUAAGCCCAGCCGAUCACUGGUUUCUAUUCCCACUGCCCAUGUGAUGCCGUCUAAUGCCAGCUCUUCACUUUCCAAACACAGGGAAGCUUUCAAGUCUGAUGGCUCAAAAUGGAGUACAAGCUUUGUACGGUCAGGAGGAGGCAGAAAUCAGGGUGCUCUGGACAGCUCUCUUGACAUGAAAGAUGCAAGACCUGUAAGAAAAUGGUCCUCCUUGUCUAAACUCAGCUCACCAAAUACCUUCAGCCAAGACGGUAGUAGUCAUUCAGUGGAGUCCAGGGCUAGUACAGACAAAGCUGUCUCACCACAAUUAAGGACAAAUGGGCCAAGUUGUUUGCAUGAUAGCAUGGAGUUGCUAAAAAUUGAGGACAAAGAAAUGGGGAAAAAAAUAUCUUCUCUACUGGACUGCAAAUACAAAUUUGAAACGUGCAGCAAAGAUGAUUUUGUUUCGGAUUCCUCAAGUAGGAGACAUGCCUUAGACUUGACCUACAGUGCCUUACCUGAAAGUAAACCUAUGGCAGCCAGUUGUGAAGCUUUUGGAGACAGAUAUGCAACGCUGGGACAGCAGGCUGUGAGUGGAGCUCCCAUACAGCCAGCAGUGAGGACUCAAAUGUGGCUUAAAGAACAGUUACGUGCAAAUCCCCUGGACUGCAGGACUGCUGAGGAGCCCUACGGCGUAGCUGCGUGGCACGUACAGCAGCUUGAAGAUUUUAGAACAGGAGGUGAACAGCCUGUGCAGGUUCCUACUGGAACAUCUCGUCAAAGUUACCCAGCUACCAGCUAUCAGGACUUCAGCAACUGGGAAUCUCUAAUGAAAAUUAAAGAGGGGCUGCUAAGACAGAAAGAGAUUGUGAUCGAUCGGCAAAAGCAGCAAAUUAACAAUUUACAUCAGAAGAUAAGGGAGAAUGAAUUACGAGCUCAACACGCAAGACUGAGCCAUCUUGUGAACUGCGAAGAACCUUACAUGACUAAUUUGCAGCAACCACAGUAUGAGAGCACACCACUGCAACCUCACGUUUCAGAAAGAUCAACAUCCCACCUUGAGGAGCUUGAGCGAAAGAUUGCAGCAGCUGAGAAUAAGGAAUUACAACUCAGUGAAUUUGUAAAACAAAUCUCAAACAAAUCUAGCGAGGAGAAAAAGAAGAUGGAGGAGAAACUUAAAACUAGAGACCGAUAUAUUAAUAGCCUGAAAAAGAAAUGCCAGAAAGAGUCUGAGCAAAACAAAGAAAAACAAAGACGAAUUGAAACCUUAGAAAAAUAUCUGGCUGACCUACCAACGCUGGAUGAUAUAGAAGGGCAGACUAAACAGCUGCAAAUUCUAGAAGAGAAGAACAAGCAACUUCAAGAAACUAUGACUGAGUUAGAAAAGAAGCUCGGAGAAGCCCGAUCGCAGUGCAGAGAGAGAGAAUUGCAACUGGUGUGUCAGAAGAAAAAAGAAAAAGAGCUGGUCACAACAGUACAGAGUUUACAACAGAAAGUAGAAAAAUGCCUGGAAGAUGGUAUUCGGCUUCCCAUGUUGGACACAAAACAGCUUCAGAGCGAGAAUGAAUGUCUCAAAGAAAAGAAUGAGAAAGCCAGUAAGGUCAUAGACAAUCAACAAAAUCAGAUAGCUGGACUGAUUUUAGACAUGCAGUCUAUGCAAGAGAAGCUUUUGCAAGAAAAGCUGAUAGUUCAGAAGAUGACAAAUGAGCUUGAAGAAAAAGAAAGGAAUAUAGAGCAGUUAAAUAAAACUCUCUCUGAAAACCAAAGACUGAUGGAAGAGAAUGCCUCCCUGAAGGAGCAGAUGCGGCAGGUGGAACAGUCCAGGCAGCCAGUAUCUGAGAAGAUGCCUAUAGCAGACCAGUUGUUCAAGGAAAUGUCCCAUUGCUUGUUUGACUUGAAAGCACUGUGCAGUAUUCUUACCCAGAGAGCUCAGGGCAAGGAGCCUAACCUUUCCUUACUGCUGGGAAUCAGAUCACUGAGCUGUUCAGCUGAAGAGAAUGAAAACUACCACAGCACAGAAACCCUUUCGAAGAAGCUCUUGGACGUUUGUCAGUUACGAAAGGAUAUUGAUGAAUUAAGGACUAUAAUGUCGGACCGUUAUGCUCAGGACAUGGGGGACAAUUGCAUUACUCAAUGACAACAUUUCAUCUAGUAGCGAAUGACUUAUUAAAUGCUGCUGUGUCACAGGUCUUUGCAUUUCUAUUAAGGAGCCAUAUUGGAAGACCGCAAAUAGCACCGCACGUGCAUCUCUCCGAGGAUUGUGAAUAUUUAAUCUCGGGAGUCUGGUGGGGAGGGGAGAGUCAUCGUUUGAACAGAGUGGUACAAACUACAGGAAGUCUUUUCUCCAAACUACUGAAUGUAGGAACAAGCUGUGAAGAAUGAUUCAGUUGGAUACUCUGUUUCCUUCAUUAGGGCUCAUUUUAUUACUUCACCUAGUUUCUGGAAUCAGAGCAUGAAAACAGCCGUGCUGCUAUUACUCUCAGUCCUUUCCUUCAUCAAGGGUUUGUAUGGCAUUAUCUGUGUUCUGAAAUUAGAGCAGAGGGUCGAAGGACCUAUAGCUGUAUGUGGUGAAGCUAGAGGCUUCUGCAACUGCACUUCACUCUAGGAAUUGCAAUUGGAACAAUCUUGGAGCACUGCAAAAAGUAGUUGCUUUUCAAGUUGCCUAAAAAAUUUAGGAUAUAGGGAAGAUGAUGUUUCUAGUAAUGGAUGUCUAGCUUGUUUGCCCAAUAGCAGAAGAAAACCAAGUUUUAAUUCCUUUAUGCAGAUGAAGUCCGUAAAAUAUAGUGCUAUCAAAUUGUUUUAAGCACGCUCACAUUGCUGUAAGAAGUUUCAAUAAUGUGAAGUCUAUGACAAACCCAGAGAAGCCGGAAGGCGUGAAACUGCAGCAUAGUAUGUGGCUGUCAGGA